CACCGCCCCGGAACCGGAAACAGCGCUCCGCCCGCGCGCCAAGAUGGCGCCGCCCACGCCGCUGCUCGCAGUGCGAGGGUCCGAAGGGCUGUACAUGGUGAAUGGGCCCCCGAGUUUCACCGAGAGCACAGCAUUCCAAAGGGAUUCUGGAAAAAAUUGCAAAGCUGUUGCUUUUAGCAAGGACGGCUCCCUCUUUGCCUGGUGCAAUGGACAAAAAGUCAAUGUUGUUAAUGUCACCAGAGCUGAGUUACUGCAUUCCUUUGACCUCCCAAAGACAGUUUGCCUUGAAUUCUCGCCAAAGAAUAAUGUUCUGGCAACGUGGCAGGCCUAUACAACUGCUAAGGAUGGCACAGCAGGGGUGCCCAACCUGCAGCUCCAUGAUCUGAAAACUGGAAAAUGCUUAAAGUCUUUUAUACAGAAAAAGAUGCAGAACUGGUGUCCUUGCUGGGCAGAUGAUGAAAGCAUUUGUGCCAGGAAUGUGAACAAUGAAGUGCACUUCUUUGAAAACAACAACUUCAAUACCAUUGCAAAUAAGCUGCAUUUGCAGAAGGUCAGUGAUUUCGUGUUGUCCCCAGGAGCACAGCCAACCAAGGUUGCUGUUUAUGUCCCAGGCAGCAAAGGUGCUCCAUCCUUUGUCAGGCUCUACCAGUACCCCAACUUUGGGGGCCCACAGUCAGCACUCGCCAACAAAAGCUUCUUCAAAGCUGACAAGGUGACAAUGCUAUGGAACAAAAAAGCCACGGCAGUGCUGGUGGUUGCCAGCACCGAGGUGGACAAGAGUGGAGCCUCGUACUACGGCGAGCAGACGCUGCACUACGUGGCAGCCAGCGGGGAGAGCGCCGUGGUGCAGCUGCCAAAAAGCGGCCCUAUUUACGAUGUUGCCUGGAGCCCCAAUUCCGUGGAGUUCUGUGCUGUGUAUGGUUUCAUGCCUGCCAAAGCCACAGUUUUUAACCUGAAAUGUGACCCCGUGUUUGAUUUUGGCACCGGGCCUCGCAACGCCGCCUACUACAGCCCCCACGGACACAUCCUGGUGCUGGCAGGGUUCGGGAACCUCCGGGGGCAGAUGGAAGUGUGGGACGUUAAGAACUACAAGCUCAUCUCCAAGCCGGUGGCCUCGGACUCCACGUACUUCGCGUGGUGUCCCGACGGGGAGCACAUCGUGACCGCCACGUGCGCGCCCCGCCUGCGCGUCGGCAACGGCUACAAGAUCUGGCACUACACGGGCUCGGUGCUGCACUCCCACCAGGUGCCCUCCGACCAGGAGAUGUGGCAGGUGUUCUGGCAGCCCUUCCUGGACGGGGUGUUCCCAGAGAGAGCCGUGAGGUACCAGGCCGUGGCCAGCGAGCUGGCCGGCGCUGAGCCGCGCCCAGCGCAGGCGUACAGACCCCCGGCCCUGAGGAACAAACCCGGCACCAGCUCCAAGCUCGUGAGUAGCACUGUCCUGUGGGACCUGACCUGAUGUCUCGUGGCUGUUUGCAGCUCGGCCUCACGUGUGUGUGUGUGUGUCUUUGGCACAAAUACUGUCCUUUCACAGAGCAUCUGCAGACUUUUGUAAUGCUCUUUGUGAUGUGUACUGAAACACUAAACUCCGAGCGUGGCUUGUGGUGAAAUUGAGUGCUCUGGUUAGGACAGGAGCCUCUGAUCUGGGUGACUUGACUUGCCAGUUCUGAACCCAGCCAGCCUGGGCUUGACUGGCCUCCCAACAGCCAUUCUUUCUUGCUGAUUUUUGGGGUUUUUUUUAAGGUAAAUGUACUUCCUAGAGAUUGGAUCAUUACUAAGUCAGCUGCAGCUUAAACACAUUCCAGUACAGUGACCUGCUUGUAUAAUUAGUUUCUUUCUGCAAGUUUUCAAAUUAGGCUGAGUAGCAGCUAAUUCCAUGUAACAGCUGCACCCUUCAUGUUUGAGUCCUGGAGAGCUUUGAUUUUGAGCCUGAUGCUUUUGCAGGAGACUCAGCCUGCCAGCAAUCUGUGAGCCAUGCUGAGGGCUUCUCUCACAAACCAUCCGUGAGCACAGGGAGUAGGGAAAAGAUACAGUCAGUAAAAUAAUUCUGCUUACUUAUAUGGGCAAAAAAUCUUGUCACAUGCAUUAAAGCAAUACAGUGCCACAGUUAAGAGUUCUCUUAAACACCAAACAGCCCCCACUGCCCCCCAAGAAGUCCCCAUCUCUCCUCCCACCACUCAGCUUUCCUCUCUGGUCAUCAGGUGUUUGAGUUACAAAGCUGUCAACAACAGCAAAAUGUUGAAGCCAGGCUUCAGUCAUUUUGUGCUGGAUUAUUCCUCUUGGAUUUUAUUUCUUUCAUGAGAUAGAAAACACAAUGAUUUUGUUUU